GCAUGAAAUGGUAUUCAGAACAUGAGCAUGAGAGCCAAUACUUGCUUCAAAUUGUAAAAUGUAGAAAUACAGAAUGCUGUCGUCCAAGAAGUGGCCUAUUUAGAUUACUAGACAAUAGGUUUCUUCCACCACCUGUAAAAGUAAAACAAACAGUUGAUGACUUGGUUUUGGAUGAAGGAGGGAAAUUUCCUAAUCCUCCAGUCAAUUUAGCUCUACUCUUAAGUGCUUCACUCAAUGAUUUCCUGCAAAUGCCCUACGAUUAUUUUUGUCCGCCGGAAAUGACACUGGAACACUUCUACGGUCUGCAUUUGCCGUAUUCAGCCUCUGUCUGA